UUUUAGAGCACCGCCCUCAAACACUGGACUCAGCUGUAGAGAGAAACUGCUGCCUGUCAGGCUGACUGAGCACCGACACACCUCACACACAAAGUCCAGGACCGUGUUUGACUGGAGACACUGGAAGGAGGAAGAGUUUGGAUUGGCUUGAGACAUGAGACUGGGCAUGACGGCACGGGCCAAGCUGAGGGUGUAGCCACAUCUGGCAGAGAGCGCUGGAGUAAGCAGGAGUCUCAGUACACCAAACCAUCCACAGCAGCGGGGGAAGAUGGGAGAAAUAGAGGAGGAGAGGGAUAAUGUGGGGAAGCUGUUUGAGAACUUUGUCCAGGCCUCGACCUGUAAAGGAGCCCUUCAGGCCUUCAACGUCCUCUGCAGACAGCUGGACCUCGACCCGGCGGACAACAGCACCUUCUACAGCAGUCUGAAGGCGAAGGUCACCACCUGGAAGGCUAAAGCCCUAUGGAGUAAGCUAGACAAGAGGAUGUCCCAUAAGGAGUACAAGAAAGGCCAGUCCUGUGUGGGCACCAAGUGCCUCAUCAUCGGAGGAGGCCCCUGUGGCCUGCGGACGGCCAUUGAGCUGGCUUUGAUGGGUGCCAAAGUUGUGGUGAUCGAGAAGAGGGACUCCUUCUCCAGGAACAACGUGCUGCACCUUUGGCCCUACACCAUUCAUGACCUUCGAGGCCUCGGGGCCAAAAAGUUUUGCGGGAAAUUCUGCGCUGGGGCCAUAGACCACAUCAGCAUUCAGCAGCUGCAGCUGAUCCUACUGAAGAUUGCCCUGCUUGUUGCAGUGGAGUUUCACAUCAAUGUGGAGUUUGUCAAGCUGCUGGAACCUCCGGAGGAUCAGGAAAAUGAAGGGCUUGGGUGGAGGGCUGCAAUCCGACCUGCUGAUCACCCCGUGGCUAACUUUGAGUUUGAUGUCGUGGUGGGGGCUGACGGACGCAGGAAUACUCUGGAAGGUUUCAAAAGAAAGGAGUUCAGGGGUAAGCUGGCAAUCGCCAUCACAGCCAACUUCAUCAACAGGAACACCACCGCAGAGGCCAAAGUAGAAGAGAUCAGCGGCGUAGCCUUCAUCUUCAACCAGAAGUUCUUUCUCGAUCUCAAAGAGGAGACAGGUAUCGAUCUGGAGAACAUUGUGUACUACAAGGACAACACGCAUUACUUUGUCAUGACUGCCAAGAAACAGAGCCUGCUGGACAAAGGAGUCGUCAUUAAUGACUACAUAGAAACCCAGAAGCUGCUGAGCAGUGAAAAUGUCAACCAGGAAGCUCUUCUGUGCUACGCCCGAGAGGCUGCUGACUUUGGCACCAACUACCAACUUCCCACGCUGGAUUUUGCCAUGAACCACUGUGGGCAGCCAGAUGUAGCAAUGUUUGACUUCACAAGCAUGCACGCCUCAGAGAACGCUGCGCUGGUCAGGGAGAGAUUCGGACACCAGUUACUCGUAGCACUGGUUGGCGACAGUCUGUUAGAGCCCUUCUGGCCUAUGGGGACGGGUUGCGCCAGAGGCUUCCUGGCUGCCUUUGAUACAGCCUGGAUGGUAAAGAGUUGGGCUCAGGGUCGGACAGUUCUGGAAGUACUGGCAGAGAGGGAGAGUAUCUACAGGCUACUUCCUCAGACUACACCUGAAAACAUUGCCAAAAACUUUGAACAGUACACCAUAGACCCUGGGACUCGAUAUCCCAACCUCAACUCUUCUUGUGUCAGGCCACACCAGGUGCGUCACUUGUACAUAAGUGGAGAGCUGAAUUCCUGCUCUCUGGAGCGCGCUGCCACCAUACGUCGGCCUGUCAAUCUCAGCAGACGAGAGUCAGAGAUCAGACCAACGAGGCUUCUUACCUGGUGCCAGAAACAGAUGGAGGGCUACAGGAAUGUGAUUAUCACAGACUUGACGUCUUCUUGGAAAAGUGGCAUCGCCCUCUGUGCCCUUAUCCACAGGUUCAAACCCCAGCUGAUAGAUUUUGACUCAUUAAAUGAAGAAGACCAUGCUGCAAACCUCCAGCUGGCUCUUGACGUUAGUGAGCGUGAAUUUGGGAUCCGACCAUUUACGUCUGUGAAGGAGCUGAGUGAGGAUCAGGAGCUGGAUAAGACCACGAUGGUCACCUAUUUGUCCAAGUACUAUGAGCUCUUCCGUGGGACACCUCUACCUGCCUCAGGUUCCAGAGGACUGGAUGAAAACAAUGAAGAUUAUCCAUCUAAAGAAGUCAGAAGUAAUAAUAAUGUGCUCAAUCUUGCACUGCCCAGGAAACGGGUACCAAAGGAUGAAAAGAAGUCAGACGGUACAGAUCCAAUUUACAAAAGGAGGCGGAAAUUCUGCAGUUAUUUGGAAGAGGCCACCAAUCUGUCGAGUAAUGGCUCCACAGUACGAGAGAGCCGGGAACCCAAAGAAAACAAAGUGCGCUCAAUGGCUACUCAGUUGCUGGCCAAGUUUGAAAACACACCCAGCUACACUGUCCGGAAAACACAGUCUGACUGUGAGAGAUCCUCCCCGCUGCAAACUCUUGACCUGACUGGGAGUCUGCGCGUUAAACUCAGGCCUCCAGUCCCACCUAAACCUCCUCCUGAAAUACAGUUUGAAAUCAGUAUCAGAAAAGCAGCAGAACACUUAGUCCGCCCGCCUCCAAAGACACUGCCCAAACCCCAGCUGGAGCCUCAGUCCCAGCAUCCAUUUUCUGUAGUGAAGCUCAGACACGUUGAUCAAACGCACGCUGAGACGAAGCCCCAGCCUCAGCCCGAGAGUCCAGACACCCCUGCUUCACCUUCAUCCUGCCACUCAGCAAUCCAGUUCAUGUCAAGAGUCCUCCAGCGCCUCAGGGAGGUGGAUGAACACGUCUCUGAGAAAAAAGCUCAGACACAACAGGCUAGAGAGUUUCAAACAAAGAGUAUAAAGGAAAAAGCCGUUCACCUUUGUGGGUUGUUCUCAGCAGACAGCUCAGCUGUCCUCAAGGGCGGCUCAUUUCGGAGGGCGUUCCCCCCAUCAGGUGACAAGUGUCACUCAUGUGAGAGGCGUGUUUAUAUGGUGGAGAGGGUCUGUACCGAGGGGCUCUACUUCCACAGGGAGUGUUUUCGCUGUUCUACCUGCAGCUCUGCCCUGCGACAGGGAGCACACGCCUUUGACUCUGAACAGGGAAAAUUGUACUGCAAACUUCAUUUUGAUCAACGCAACAAUGGGACAAAUCUAAGGAGGAAUUUGUCCCUACGCUCAAAUCGUUUUGGAGCUAGAGUUCAGGAGCGAUGUGCCGAUGAUGAACAGAGCUCUGAGUCCAGCAGCACAACAGACCUACAGAGUCAACCCUCAGCAGCUGAAGCCUUUUAUGAAGCAUGUGAGCCAGCUGGAUGGUUAGACGAAAUGACAUUUUGAAGUGGUGUGCCAGUAUCCUGCCUCAGCCCACCAGUUUGCUGCCUACACUCAUCAGCCUCCAGCCAGUCUCCUCCUGCCACUAGUGUUCACUAGUCUUCAGCCACACUCAUCAGGUGGCCUCGGUCUUCAUCAGCAGUCAAACAACCCCUUCAAGUCUCCAGUCUGACCCCUUGUUUCCUGCUGGCCUUCACCUGUUAAAGUUUGUUUCAAAUAAACUAUUGGUGUGUGUGUGUCUUGAUUGUCUCAAAAAUUGUAAAAACGGGGCUGCUGGUCCACACUUUGGGACACUUCGACAUGUAGUAGGAGACCCGCUCUUUCUCCUUGAGCCACAACUGCCCAAAAAGAAGGCAGCAUAUGAGUGUAUUAAAAGAGUACUCUACUGAUUUAGCAUUGCGUUCCUGUUGAACAUUGCCGGCUUGUGAUGGACAGUUUAUAAAUCAGUGCAGCUGAACCAGAGAUAUCAUCUCUUUAAUUCAUUCAUUCAUUCAUUCAUUCAUUCUUCUUUAUUGUCAAAACCUGUUCCCUACGUCGCCCACAAUGCAACUCGGCCGCUGACAGUUCAGUUGGAGAUUUGGGUGUUUUAUGCUUUUACAUAUAUAGUUCAGCUAUCAUGCAGUGUUGUGUCAUGUAUAAGAAAACAAGUAGAUGGUCCUGCCCACUGUCAGUCAGUGGUGGAAUGGUAACUGAGUACAUUUGCUUAAAUGUAUGGUCCUUAAGAUUUUAGUCCUGGUUGACUUGGUGACACGUGUUGUUACUGGUGGUAAAUGCGCUUUAAUGUGAAGCUCCAGCAGUAGAUAAUGUUCUGUUUGCAUUAGCAGUAACUUAAUACAGCAUUUUUACUGGGAAUGUUGCCACAGACACCCCAUAGUGUUAUUUCAUUUGGCAAUAGAUAGUGACUUAAUAGACAUUUAUUUAGAUGUAAAUCUUAGAGAUUGUUAUCAUUAAUUAAGUAUAAAGAGUAUUUCCAUUUCAUGCAGCUUUUUCUACUUCUCCUCCACAAUUGAAAAUA